UCACAAAAUAAUUCAAUAAUCUUAUCUCAAAACCUUUAUUUGAAUUAAAAAGAGCAAUAAUAGAAGGUUGAAAAAAUAUCUAUUAGUAUGAGUAAAUCAUUAUUUACUUUGAAUUUAACAGUCAUAAUCUUAUUGUAAUCAAUACAAAACUUAAAUGCUUAAAUAUGUUAAGCAUUUUCUAGGCAGCACCAGCCUAGAUUUUUUUAGGAAUAUUAUGCUGCUAAUUAUUUGAAGUUGCCUAACACUAAUAUACUUUUGAUAAACACAAAACGUUUUUAAAACGGUGUAUAGUCUUAGAGUAUAGUAUAUUACAAUGAUAUUUCUAGUGAAAUUGAUAAUAUUGUGAAUGUGGUUAAGACUAAAUACGUUAUAUUUCAAAUGGAGUAUGUACUAUAAAGAAAUCAAAUUUUAGUUCUGAAUUCAGAAUAGCUAAUAUACGCAGAUCCUUAUACUCUUGAAUAUUAAUAAACACUAUCAUUCGGUAAUUUAGUAAGUAUGCAUUUCAUUAAAGGAUCUAAUUAUUGUGUCUUAUAAAGUGCAACAUAUUUAUUAUAUGUUGUUGACUUUAUAGAAGGAAAAUAAAUUCUAUCUUUGAAUAUUUCACCUUUUAAUUCUGACAGUUAUAAUUAUAUUACUUCUACAAAGUUACUUUAGCUUUAAAAUGGUUAGAAUUUUAUAGCAGUAAUUGAUGAGUAUGGUGCUUAUACUUGGUCAAUUGAUUUUAAAACUUUUGAAUUAUCAUUCAAUGGAUAUUAUUCACUAUUAGAUUAUUAUAGCUAAAUAGAUUUCCACUAGAAUCUACUAAGUGGACAAUUAAGUGAUAUUUUAGUUAGUUUAAGCUUUAUAAAUUCUUAAAAUAAUUAAGGCAGUUUAUACCUAAGCAGCAAGACAUCUAUUUAUAGAAUAGAUUUAAAUUUUGUCUAUAAUUAGAAUACAAAUACAUUUGAUUCUAUUAGCUUUUCUAAUAUCAAUCAACCUUUUACUGUUUAACUACCUGGAAAUCAAUAUUAUGAUUGGUAUCAUUUGGAAGAAAGUCAAUAAUUUUUAAUACCAUACAGCUUUUAUAGAGAUAUAAAAUCAGCUAUAUUUGUUUAUUCAUAUAGUACAAACACUUCGCUCACUCGUUUUGCUAUCACUUCUAUAGGUUUUACAAAAACAUUUAGUUUCUAACUCAAUUAAGAAAUAUACUUUGCUGCUACUACAUAUGAUGAAAUUUUAGUCACUAAAGAUUCUCCAAGUAACCUAAAAUCUAUCCUUACUUAUCCAUUUAUUACGCCAAUCAAACCAAGAUAAAAUACAUUUUUUUCUGUAAAAAACUGUAAUACUUGUUAUAUUGCUAUGCAUGAUGAUACAUACUUAGCAUUUUAUAAAGUAAUGGACUCAUCAUUCACUCCUUAAGUAUACGAUUUAAGUUAGUUAAAUCUUGAUACUAAUUCAAUAAGCUUCAAUAUUGAUCCCUACUAAGAUAUUAAUCAAGCUAUUUGGGUUAUUGUAGGAUUACCUUAAAAAUAAAAUAAUGAAAAUUUCUUAUUUUAUGCUAUAAAUAUUACCUCUUAAUAAUAGUUUAAAUUGCUCUCUAAUAUAGUAGAAGAAAAUAAUCAAAAUACAAGUUAUGCUCUCUAUUCUUAAGAAGAUUAAGAAAUCGUUGGAGUAGCUGUUAAUGGAAGUAUUUUUGUUUGGAAUUCUAUAGACCUUUCAUUCAAAUACUCAAUAGCGUCUAAUUGUUCUGGCUCAAUAAUUGGUUAAUUAUUUCAUACUGAUGAUUAUAAAUUUCUAAUAAUAGUUUGUGGUGAUUACAGUAUAAUUUACUAUAAUUUCUCUAAAAAAACAUUUUAACCAUUAAUGAAACUAUAGUCAAAUCCAUACUAUUUAAAUGUAUUCAUUAAAAUUAAUAUGUUUGGAUUUGGAGAUUAAGAAAAAGGAGAUGUAUAUUUAUGGAGUUUAAAUACAUUUACUUAAUAAUUUGAAUUAUUUAUGCAUUUCCAGUCUCCUUUUUUGGCAGAUUGUGGAAGUAAUAUUUAGUAUAUAGAAAUGACUUAGGUUUUAUUUAUUUAGUAUUACUAUAGUAAUACAUUUUUCCCUAUUGGAUAAUGUCUUUAAAAUUUGCCUAGUUGUACUUAGAAAUGCUAAACGUAAUUUUAUUUUAAUACUACUGAAACUACUGAUACUAAAAGUCUAUAUGGGAUAGGUUCUUUUGAAUAGCCUUUUACAACUUCUUUGAGUAUAAUUUCAUCUUUACUUUAAGUUUAAUAAUAUUUCGAAUUAAUAAACGGAUUUGAAUUUCUAAACCUCAAUAUAUUAGUGAGCAACUUAAAUUAGAUGGUAUUUUACAGUGAACUGCUAACUUUGUAAGCUUUUGCAUAAAUAAAUUUAACAAUUUAGAGUUGGAAUAAAAAUCAAUUAGCUUAAAUUAAUGUAAAUUAGUUGCUCCAAUUCUCGGGUCUCUUUAUGCUAAACAUUGAUAAUAUACUUAUUAAUUUUAUUAUUAGUGGCUCCUAAUAAAAGUGUGGGGUCUAUUUCGAUGGUAUUAUUUCAAGUGCUACUAUAGAUAACAUAAGUAUAUCUUCAACAGAUAGUACAUCUGAUUGCUUCUUUAUUUAAAUAAAUAAUUCUUUCUUGAUUAUUAAAAAUAUAAACAUAAAAAGUUUAGAUUUUUCAAAUACAUCAACAUUAAUAGCAAUCGUUAAUUCUUAAUAGAUUGCACUUUAAAAUAUUCUAAUAGAUAGCUGUAAAUUAAGUGAAAAAUUCAGUAUAUUAACCUAAUAGAGCGAUGUUAAUGUUAUUAUUGAUACUUUUAUAAUUUAAAAUAAUCUAUGCGAUAUAAAUUAAAUUUACUAUCCACAAUUCUCUGGUUAGCUAUUUGAAGCUGGUGAAUUCAAUGUAGCUAAUAUGACAAUAUCCAAUAAUCAGUUUUGUAAUUUAUAGAUAUUCUCAACUGUCAGCACAAUCUAACAAAAAAAUUAAACAUUUUAGUUCUAGAAUAUAACUAUGUACAAUAACUCAUUUUAUACAACACACAAUUAUCUCUUUUUUGAUGCUAUUUAUUCAAUAAAUCCUCUUCCCUAACACACUUUAAAUAUGAGUUAUUUAAAUUUCACUGAUAAUUCUUACUUUCCCUCUUCUUAAGUUUAAUCAGACAUCUACCUCGGAAUUACUUAAUUAGUUCUAACUGAACAAAUUUUUUCAGUUUUUAUAACUGAAGUUACAGUAAAAAACCAAUAAGAAAUAGCAUUUUGUUCAUUAUCCUAAUCUUCUCUAGUCUCAAUUAGCAAUAUUUCUUGCUUAAAUGAUAAAAAAUUUUUUGAUAGUUUAGUCAAUAGAGAGUAUGGUGGAUGUUUAAUUUUCAAUGAAAUAAAAAAGAUUAGCAUAACUAAUCUAUAAUCAAGCUAUAUAAAAGGAAUAAGUAAUUCUAUUUUAGUAAUAAAAAAUUAAGCUUACACAAAUUCAGUAAUAAAUUUAUCAAAAGUAGUUAUCACAAGUUCAUAUUUUGAAUAAAAUUAAACUAACUCCUAAGCUAAUCCAAUUUUAAUUACUUCCACUUAUACUUCUAAUAUAACAAUAAGCAACUCAAUUUUUAGCUAAAAUAGAUUAAAUGCAAUUCCUAAUACAUAAACUUAUUCAACUUCUGCAAUUCAGGCAAUUAAUCCAUUAGGUUCAAUAUAUUUAGUUAAUAACCAAUAUAUUAAUUCAGUAUCUAGUAGUAUCUUUAAUUUUCAAUAUAUAGUUGGUUUUAAUAUAACUAUCAUUAAUGCUAAUUGCAAGCAAUCUUCAUUUAAUAUCACAGAUAAUGUAACAACUUUAAUAUAAUAAGGAGGUUGCUUAAGGGCUAAAUCAAACAAUUUGUAAAUUCUUUCUUCAAAUUUUAGUCAAUCCACAGCAAGCUAAGGCUCGUUUAUUUACUUAGAGAGUUUUAGUUCAGAAACAAAUAUUUUUAUAGAAAAAUCUUCAUUUGUAGAAGGUUAUGCUAAGAAUGAUGGUGGUGCAUUUUACAUAAAUUCACAAAACUCAAAUUUAAAUUUUGUGUGUAAAUCAUCUAACUUUAGUAAUAUCUAUACACUUAGUUCUUAUUCUUCUUCGAUUUCAAUAGUAUAAUCAGAAAAUUAGAAUUUAUUAAACUAGAUUCUAUUCUAUUAAGGAGAGUUAACCAAUAUUUUAGGCUAGGCCAACUCAUAUUUUUUGAAUAUCUAAAAUUCUAAUGUUACUCUUUUUAAUAUUCAUAAUAAUAAUUUUAACUAAACUUAUCCUGAUUAUUUGAAUCAAAUAACAAAGCAAUCUGACAUCUAAUCAGUGUCAUUUUUCUAACUUUAAAAAUCUAUGCUCUCAAUUGUUGAUUGUGGAUUUUAAAAUUUAAUAAUAAAAAAUUUACAUAAUACUUCCCCUCUUCUAAUUAAUGGUAUUAAUACUAGUAUUAUAAUUUAAAGAUUAAUAAUUAAAGACUCUACGUUUUCCACAUACUUAAUUAGUGUCAAUUAAGGAUCUCUAACAAUUGAAGAUUCUUAAUUUAUAAAUAUAAAUUAGAUAUCCUCAAAACGAGUAUUACAAUCCUAGAUUUCUCUGAUAAAUUCAGGAGCACUUAUAUCACUAUAUUAAUCUAAAUUAUAAAUAUAAUAAUAAACAAUAUUUUAGAAAAUAAUUUGCAUGCUAUGCUUUGGCUCUAUACUUUAGUUGAACUAAACACAAUUUUUUAUAUCUGACUCUAUGUUUUUAGAAUCAAAAGCCAAUAACGGUGGUGCUAUAUCAAUUAAUGGUUUGGUUUCUAAUCUUAAUUAUAUA